CAUCUAUCAAAAUGUGGCUUGAAGAUGGCUCCUCAUAGACUAAAAACGCAGAGGUGGAGCGGAGGCAUGGAUCAAAUCUUUGAAAUUCAUGACGAAAAUGGCCAACUUCACCAGUUUCUAAAACAGCAGAGAAACAGGGAAAAGUAAAUGCCUCACAGAACCUGACAUGCUCCAGGAAGAGCAUGCAGUUGUCCUUCUCAAGCUGGCCAAGCCCCACUGAUUAUGGACAAGAGGGAGGAGGAGGAUGGUGAGGAAGCCUGGCUGCAGCUGCGGCCUGUGGAGCCCUUACCCUCCCAGUGCUGUGGCAGUGGCUGCGUACCUUGUGUGUUUGACCUCUAUCACCGAGACCUGGCAAGGUGGGAAGCAGCCCGAGCCAGCCAGGACAGGAGCCUGCUAAGUGGGAAGCAAUCACAGAGCUUCCCCUCCUCACUGAACCCAGAGAGCUUCUUGGCCUUCCACAUCAGUGCUGUGGAAAGACUCACUAAAGACACCUACCGGGUCCGGUUCACACUGCCUGGGAACAGCCAGCUCGGCCUGCAACCCGGACAGCACCUCAUCCUAAGAGGUGUAGUGGAAGACUUAGAAAUUCAGAGAGCCUAUACUCCCAUCAGCCCUGCCAAUGCAGAAGGAUACUUCGAAGUUCUAAUUAAGUGCUACCAGACUGGGCUGAUGUCCAGAUAUGUCGAGUCCUGGAGAGCUGGAGACACAGCUUUCUGGCGAGGACCUUUUGGAGACUUCUUCUAUAAACCAAACCAGUAUGGUGAGCUCCUCAUGCUGGCUGCGGGCACGGGCCUGGCCCCCAUGGUGCCCAUCCUACAGAGCAUCACAGACAACGCAGAUGAUGAGACCUUUGUCACCCUUGUCUGCUGCUUCAAGACCUUCGACAGCAUCUACCUGAAAACAUUCCUGCAGGAGCAGGCCCGUUUCUGGAACGUCCGCACUGUCUUCGUACUUAGCCAGGAGAGCUCCCCAGAGCAGCUUCCUUGGAGUUACCGAGAGAAGACCCACUUUGGCCGCCUGGGCCUGGACCUGAUUGAAGAGCUGGUCAGAUGCUGUCGGAGAAAGCCAUUUGCAUUGGUCUGCGGCUCGCCUGAGUUUACCAAAGACAUGGCCAAGUGCUUACUCUGUGUGGGCCUGGCCAAGGGCUCCUACUUCCUCUUCUAGCCCUGGUCUCCCUUCCAGAGCCCUGUCCAAGGGUCUGCUACGGGGACACAAGAAGGAUCUCAGACUAGAGUCAGAAGGAGUCCAGGCUUGGCCUGCUGAAAACUUUCCGAGUGACCUUGGACAAGUGUCCUCACCUCUGGGAAUCUCCAUUUCUCAUCUGGUCUGUGGCGUUAGUCAUUCUCUCCUGGCGUCUUGUUUUCUGGGGAGACUGAAGCCUGUGGGAGCCCUGAGAGGAGUGCAUCCAGCCUGGGAGGCAGAGAGGACGCCUCGGAGGAAGCCACGUCCAGGCUUCUCCUCUGAGGAGCCCAAGAUGUGAGGGAGAAGUGCAGAAGAAGGGGAGGGGAGGAGCUUGCCUGGUCCCUCUGAUUAGAGCCUUAGGGGCUCCAGCUGUGACCUCAUCUUCCGCUCAGGUCUGGUGCUCCUGAGUGUUUAGGAAACAACUCCAGGAGAAGCCAAGUGCUCUUUGGAGAAUAUUACCGUACUUUCCUUCAGUGCUGUGAGCCUGAUGUGCUGAAGGCCUUGCGUUCUGUGACUUGACUGUGUUCUCAGGACAAGGUGUCACCCUAGAUUACCUCUGUCCUGGCCCCAUCCUUUCCCACUGCGAACAGCUUUGUGCUCAGUCUCCCUUCCUUGCCUCAGGACCCCAGCCCGGAGUCCUGUCCCAGCAAAAGAAGAGGCAGGGGAGGUAAAUGCCCCGCCCUCCUGUGGCAGGCAGCUGGCUCAGCCUGUGCCUUCAGCUUGGUGCCCUGGAGACAGUUGCUAUGGAGAUCUAAAGAUAGAGCGGGAGUCAGGAGACCUGGGUUCCCCUCCCAGCUCUCCCCACUGAGUGGCUGCUGAUUAGGUCUACUCAGCCCUCCCCACCUACCCUGCAUGGGCCAUGGCCUCUCCAGGGAACCCUGUGCCCCUGGGCAGCACACGCAGUUAGUGAAUUCAGCUUGUCACAGCCUGGACUCCGGUGUGCUGUACCAGCACGGGACUUGGCAUAGGCAGCCCCAGAACUGGAAUAAAAGGCAAUGGAGGCUUAGAAUCAGGGAGCCACAGAACCUGAGUUAGGCUGUUUAUUGUCCCAGAAUUGCAGUCCUCAUCAAAGCUGAAAGGCCAGGAUGCCGGAAAACAUCCCACCUGACGGACUGCCUGUAUAAAUGGAAAAACCGAGGCCCAGUGAAGCUAAAUGACUUGCUAAGGUGAGACAGUGGUGGAGCACCUUAUUUCAACCCAUGGACAUAGUUCUGCACUGCUGGUUUUCAGACUGAGCUCCACGGGGCACUAGGGCUCCUGGCAGGGAUGACAGCAGAAGUGAUGGCCAGAGAGAUCUCAGGCCCCACUUGUUUUUAUCCCAUUUAUGUAUUGGGGCUUGAAGUAGUUUAUAUUUGUCAGAAAGGAUUUUCCUGUCCUGCCCAAAAGUUCCAUCAAAUUGGGCACUAAAUUGUCAUGAUAAGCAGCUGAGGGGUGGAACAAAGGUUUCAAACUUUUACAGGAGAGGUUCCUUGUCAGAGAGGUGUGGGGGCUGCUGGCUGUGUCCUCGCCAAGAAUCACACAUAUGAACACAUUAAAAUUCUGAAAGACAGGGCCAGGGAUUUAGCUCAGUGGUUCCGCUGCCUGCCUCGCAAGCACAAGGACCCGAGUUCAAUCUCCGGUACCAAAAAAAAAAUUCAGAAAGACCAACAGCUAAGAAACUUUUCAUGUGGUUUAACCCAGAGUUUCUCAAGCUGCCUCCUGUGGCUCAGUGUUCUGUGGGUCUCGAAGGCUCUUUGCAAUGUGAUGAAUAGGAAAGGCCCCGAGAGUCAAAGCUCUGAGCAGGGACUGUGGUCUCCUCCUGGCAGGCCUGGUCCUCCUGCUCUCCCUUCCUCAUGUUCAUGCUCCCAGGGGCCUGUGAUGAGCUGAGUCUGUUCCAGACACAGGAAAGAUCAGCAAGGGAGGCAGGCAAAGCCUUUCCACUGGGAGCUCCAGCAGGGAGGAGGCAGGCGUUCAAUGUGCAGUUGGGAAGGGAUGAAUGUUGUGAAGGUGGAGUGCUAGUGUGGAGGGCCAGGGAUGCAGCACAGCCACUGAGAGUAGAGGUGUCAAAAACAGCAUUUGCACUCAUAGCUAGCGGUGUAAGUGGGGUCCCUGUGUAAGGAAUGGAGGGUCAGAGGCACCUCUUACAUGUGUCUUUGUUCCAUUUUUGAUAUUUGAUGUCCAGAUGGCAGACAAGGUCACCCAGUGGUGGCUGCCAGCCCCUUUUCCUAGAAUGAGUCACCCCUUCCCCUCAGUAGCAUCUGUGGCUUCUGGCUGUGGUGCAAUCCCUUAUCCUGGGACAUUGGUGAGGACGCUGCCAUGUGGCCCUUGUCACCUGGACAUUGGACUGCUCGUGACUAGGUGCUAAGUGAGCCCCGGAAGAAGAGGAACAGUUGAGAUGUGUGAGGACAGACCUCUUGGGAUUGGGGCAGGCUCCCGUCACCUCCUGUUCCUCGCCUCCUGUCACUGCCCCCGUGCAAGAGGGGUGUUGCUGAGGUGAUGGGCACUGUGUGAAGUUGUGGUGGGAGAAGGGAGGCUUUGGGCUUGUCUCAAAGGCAGCAGGAGGUGAAAAUGUCCAUGGAUCCAUGCCCAGAUAGGUGUCAGUCUUGUCUGCAGCAGUCCCAGGCUCCCGGAGACAGCGUCUAGCAAAGGGGCUGGGGACAGACCUAGGUAGUUAAAGCCGUACCUGCUGUAGUUCAGCCCUUACCAUGUCAACCUUUGGCCUUGUCGGUCUCCCAGCCCAUCUCCUCCCUUCACACCCUGCUCUGCAUUGUGGCCAGUCUGACCUUCCUAAUACACGGACCCGAGCUCUCACUGCUGUGUCCUUCCAUGGCUCCUUGUUACCCUAAGAUACCUCUCCAGGCUCGUUUUAUGCUGCCACCCCUCACACCCAUCUCUUAAGCUCCAGGCUUGUUUUCUGAUGUCCUUUGCUCCCUUCACGUUUGUUGCUCCCUCUGCCUGGCCAGUCCCCUGCUCUCCAGUUCCACACUUACCUUUUUUACCUCCUCAUUGGAGCUCCUGGCUCAGUGUCACCUCCUGGGGAAGCAUCAGUGCCUCCUCCACUCCUGGCUGGAUCAGAGGCAGGGACUCUGCCCUUCCACUGCUGCACCCAUCAGCCUGGAGCACAUGGCAUGAGCCUCACCAGGCCGCUCACUGUGUCAUCCAUAUGGAGGGUUCUCAGUUUGUCCUGCAGCUUGAAAGCCCAAGGGAUAAAUGAUCAGUACUCAUGGAGCACUUUACAGGGGGCAGCUGCUUGUCAUCUGCAUUGAAGCACAGAAUCUUCACAAAUAUUUGUGCCACUUUGGUUUUUUGUUUCUCUUUUUGAGACAAGGUCUGGCUGUGUAGUUCAGGCUGGCCUUGAACUCAUAGUGAUCCUCUUGCCUCACCCUCCUAAGUAUUGGGAUUACAGGCAUGCAUUACAGCCAUGCCUGGGAAUUUGUGCCAUUUUAUUGCCCCGAUUUGCAGAUGAGGAAACUAAGCUUCUAAAACAGGAAACUAAGCUUCUAAAACAUGAAACAGUUCUCCAAGGUCAUGUAGAGGUACACAAAUUCCAACAUGUUAUAACUGUUGUAAAGGUCAUAUGUGACACGAAUGUGCCUGGAAAUAUGUAUAAAGAUCUUUAUAUUACUGUGCUAUUUGAAAUAGCAAAAACUAAAACCUAUAUAUCCAUGAAAAAAA